AGACAUUUGCCUCUGAAUGAUUAAGUAUUAUACAGAGUCUGAAUGGUUAAGACCUCUUAUCUGAAUUGAUCAGACAUUUGCCUCUGAAUAGUUAAGCAAUAUACUAGCUCUUAAUGGUUCAGACCUCUUACUGGUUCAGCACUUAAUGGUUCAGACCUCUUACUGGUUCAGCACUUACCAAUUCAGAAGUUGCCAAACAGCCCUUAGUAAAGGCUAUAGAGUAAUUGCCUAAUUGGUACUAGAAUCAAAUCCCACUAAAAUGCUCCCCGGACGAGAACUUGCCACAAAGGAGGGAAAUUGGAAAAUGGGUAUGAUGACUCCCCACCAGUCAAACUGUUUUCAAAAGAAUGGUUUGAAGUUGAGACAAUUUUGAAACCCAAAGUUCUCAAAUCUUUGGCUCCAGGGAUCUUUCUCCCUGGCAUUGAUAUAUGGAAGCAGUAAGGAAACAAGCUACCAAGCUGAGAGAACGGGUCGCCAAACAACAGCAGGAUGUCCUCAAAAGGUUUUCUGGCGGGGUGGGAGGCUCAGACAAUGGCGUAACUGAUGAAGCAGAGCUUCUGUUGCACAAAAAGCUCGAGAAACUUUACAUUUCUACUCGUGCGGGAAAGCACUUUCAAAGGGAUAUUGUUCGAGGCGUGGAGGGUCACAUUGUCACUGGAUCAAAGCAAAUUGAAAUUGGUACCAAGCUGUGUGAAGAUGCCAGAAAAUAUGGAGCCGAUAACACCUGCACUAGUAGUGGUACACUAUCCAAAGCUGCACUAAGUUAUAGCAUGGCUCGGGCUCAAAUGGAAAAGGAACGGGAUAAUCUGCUAAAGGCUCUUGAAACUCAGGUUGCUGAGCCUUUAAGGUCAAUGGUUGUGGGAGCUCCGUUGGAGGAAGCUCGCCAUCUUGCUCAGCAAUAUGAUAGGGUGAGACAGGAAGCUGAAUCCCAGGCUAUUGAAGUUUCAAGGCGGCAAGCUAGAGCAAGGGAAUCAAAUAGUAAUCCAGAUUAUAUAUCUAAGUUGGAUUCCGCAGAAAUAAAGCUUCAUGAACUUCAGUCGAAUAUGCUUAAACUGGGCAAAGAAGCUUCCUCUGCAAUGGCUGCUGUUGAAGCUCAACAACAGAGAUUGACCCUUCAGAAACUUAUAACCAUCGUUGAGGCGGAACACAGUUAUCAUCAGCGUAUUCUGCAGUUACUUGAUCAACUUGAAGCAGAGAUGUUGUCCAAGCGUCAUGGUAAUGAAACUCUUCCCACUCCGCCACCGCCACCAUAUAAUGAGGCUAGUGGUAAAUUUAUGUUUCAAGCACAAAAUGCAUCAGGGGAUGGGACUAGCUACUUCUUGGGAGAGGUCAUGCAUCCCUAUCUAGCUGAGUCAAAUGUAGAGCUCACUUUGUCAAUUGGUGACUAUGUUGUUGUCCGCCAGGUGCGAAGCAAUGGUUGGGCUGAAGGCGAAUGCAAAGGGAGGGCAGGCUGGUUCCCCGUGGGGUAUGUGGAAAGACGAGAGCACAUUCUGGCAAGCAAAGUUGCUGAAGUUUUUUAACAAAUGGUUUCCACCCAACAUUCAUAACUGGCCCCUCUCUAUCUUGGAAGACUGCUACCCAUAUCUGUAUGUAUGUAUCUAUCUAUCUAUCUGAGCUUGUUUUUGUGAUUGCCCGUCCCUCUCUGUAUCAUUAGUCAUGUUCAACUCUAAUGACACAUGAAAACGAGACAUAUGUGUCUGGGGGUGGGGGGGGGCACAUGGCACAAAUUCUUUGUGUGACGGUGAAGCUAUUUUUUGUGAGUAUUUCUUUGUUGAGUAAAUUAUACUCCGUAUA